AAGAAGAAGAACAUAGGAGUUCUUCUAGCAGAAGCCAACAUGCUAAGAGCGAUAGUUCCUACUAGCGAGACCAUCGCCAACGGAAGCAUCAAGUAUUACGUGGCAUGCCACCAGACGGUGGGUCUUUGCGACACGCGCCUCAUCGCGGGCGACAUGAUCUUUUAUUUCUCUGAGAUCUGGGACAAUAUCUCACACAACGCCCAGAUCAAGCAGAGCCGAACAGCACUUGGAACUGCAUGCAAAUACCAUGCAUCAAAGACCAAGAAGGAGGCGGAGAGGGUCAAGGUAUCCAUGGUUGACCCGGACAACAGGAGGCUGCCCAACCCCCUCACGGUAACCAGACCAGUCGCUGAAUCCAAUGCCAUCUUCAUGCAAUAUUGCAUCUGGGAGACAACCGACGACCUCAAAGCUGCGAAGGCGAUAAGGGAUACAUUGAUCAAGCUCGCGCCGAGGCUGACUAAGAAGCCGAGCAACGAAGGCACUAUAGCCUUCUAUGACUUCACUGAACCCCUUAAGAAAGAAGAAGCCGACAGGCUCAUCCAAGAAGUUAAGGUCUCGAUACUGCUAGCAAGUUACCUACUGCCCAUCGUUUGGUAA